UAUCGAACCCCAGCGCCGCGGAAUCUGGAGAGAGAUCACACGCAUCGGGAAUGCGAUUCGCUUCAAAUAUCGUAACGGUAACACUCAUUCGCUAGCAACUCGAAGUGACACAAAAAGUGCUUAAGUACACCGUAUCUACUUCGUCAGGUCAUUUGCCAUUUGACAGCUCUAGGAGGAACAUCGUGUUGCGCUUAUAAAGGACUUUCCAUUCAUAGAAAGGCUAGAACUACAGGACCAGAUAAGAGGAGAAAGUUUUAAGAGAAUAUGCCAUCCCCCGUGGUCAAGCUUACGCUUGGCGUAGCCAUCCUGACAUUUAUACAAGGCGUGUGCUUGGGAACAGACAGCGAUGACACAAGCAUGAGAGAAAGACGAGCUGUCCCCAUGCUCCGCAUGGGGCGUAGUCUGGGCAUGAUUCGUAUGGGCAAAAGGGACCUCCGGAUGCUGCGAAUGGGGAGAUCAUAUCCCGAUGGCGAAGAUCUCAUCGGAAGACAAGUCACUUAUCCUCGAGUAGGGAAAGACCUCGAGAGCGAAGAGGUACUCCGUAGUAAUCCGUCUCUCCCGCGCCUAGGCAAGGACUUAGGGGGCAUUCCUGUUUAUAACGGUUUACUGUUAGAUCAGUUAUUAAAGGAGGUUCAUAAUCAUCAGAGGUACGCAAGGUCUGUAAAGGAAGAAAAUAGCAACCAUGUCUCCGAAGAGGAUAGCAAGGAGAGGGCGAUACCGUUCCCACGGCUAGGCAAGGACUUGACUGAGCUAGAAGAAGGUGAUCGCGCCAUCCCUUAUCCGAGGAUCGGAAAGGACUUGAACGAGCUGGAGGCAUACAAGCGCGCAAUGGGGAUGAUCCGAAUGGGAAAGAAGGCCAUGGGUAUGAUCCGGAUGGGCAAACGUGAGGAGGAGGAGAAGCGAGCUAUGGGGAUGAUUAGAAUGGGUAAGAAGGCCAUGGGGAUGAUACGGAUGGGGCGAGGACAGGAGGACCCAUCUCCGGAAGAGAAGCGGGCAAUGGGGAUGAUCAGAAUGGGUCGAUCACAAAUUGAUGAUGUUACUGAUAAGCGUGCCAUGGGUAUGAUAAGAAUGGGCAAAAGGGACGAUGAAAUGGAUAAGAAAUCUUUGCGUUUAGUCCGUAUGGGGAGAGCAAUGGGCAUGAUACGUAUGGGAAAACGUGACGACGAGGAAGCGGGCAGUGACGAACUUUCAAAACGAGCAAUGCAUUUAAUCCGGAUGGGACGUAAACGGGCGAUGGGGAUGAUCCGAAUGGGUAGGGCUAGCUCAGACGAAGGGACGGACGAGGAAAAAAGGGCAAUGCACUUAAUACGCAUGGGAAAACGAAGCGCCAGUGAAACAGCUCAGAAUGCAAAACAGUGAGUUGUUUUCACGGCCCAUUUGCAGUGGUGGCGACGACGACGACGACAACAACAUGUAUUCUUUGCGGCAGCCAUUGCAGCAAAGCGGCGCCAUUGGUCAAGUACACUCACGUGAUUCUGGUUUUAUGCACACGUCAUGGUAGGGAUUCGCUUGCACUAGGCUAGAAAAGGCACGUCCUCGGGAUGUUUCACUGUAUAUUAACCAAGUUGACUCCACCAAUGACUCUGGAUUACACGAGGGUAUUACUAAAUGGGAAUAAUGAGUAGACUGUAAAUAGUUCUGUGUCACUGAGAUGGAAUGAUUAAGGACAAAUCACCUGUACCGAACUCAUCACCGAUUAAUUCGCGCAACCAAUAAUGGCAGUUCAUCCCUUGAAUACCAAAAUUAAAAAUGGCUGUAUCUCUUCCCUAGUCUUGUCAGUCGCGGUGAUGCACCAUUUGUUAUCAACUGACAAUCGGAGAAGAGGAACAAUAAGACUCAUCCUUUGACCUAUAUCAAAUAUCUCGAAUCUGGGGACAGCGCCGGGCAGAAACUAGAGAGAACUAGAUUGAUUAUGACACGUGGAAUACAUUCGCCAAUGCUCUAUUCGCAAGUUCAAAAGGAAUACCGAUUUGCACAGGACAGACUAAAUGGUAAUAUUGUCCAUAAUGGAAAAAAAGAGUAAUGCUGUGUGGUACAUCGAGCUGUCUUUUGAAAAAAAACCCCCACAAGUAUGAGUUGGUUUAGUGGUUUGACCUUUCAAAUGCAGUGAAUAAAUACAAUGGACUUUUCAUAACAAAUUGCAGCGAUCAAUGUAAACUAUGCCCUCCCCUCACCCCUCGCAGGGGUCACAACUAAUUUAUUGCCGAAUAAGUUUCGAAUUCUGAGCGAACAGAUUCUUCUGCCUGUCGACUUUCUGUCGACAACACGUACAUCUACCUAGUGUCGAAUACCCGUACCUGUCGACUUUAUAAAUUUAGCUAGGAAUUGGCUCAUAAUCAGUGAAAAAUUGUGGAAAAUGUGGAUGUAGGUGAUUUUGUCGAAUCCUGGUCCAAGAAAAAUUUCAAAGGUCGGCUAAUUGUCGAUUGCCUGUACAUGCAGGGCUGUAUUUUCAACUGCAUAAGUCAUACUCACUUACCGGUACUCCCUAUUCACUUUUAUGAGGUCAAAAAAGUAUCACUAACUAUUCAGAUAUUGCCCACAUCAUUGUUAUUGUGGAUGACUAAUCAGAUGAGAUGAGUGUCAGGCUGACGACAAAUGAAUGGAUCGGUCUACAGAGACGAUAUGACAAAACAGCGCAGCUCAUACUCGUGCGGAGGUGCAAUAGCAAAAAAUGAUCGAAAUUUUUUUUUAAAAAAGCAUCCAUCCAUUUCCGGAAGCUAAAUUGACCGGAACUAAUCCCAGAGGGAGCUUCCUGAUUGGGUCAUUGUGUUGGGUGUACCGGUGACGCAGAAUCCUACAGUUUGGAUUGGGUAAUACGAUCGGAACCGACCAACCCUCAAUUCUGAUUUUUUGGAAAUCCCUGAAAUACUAGUACACUAUCAAAGUAUAAGACAUUGAUAUCAAGGAAUUAAGAUGUCACAUAAUGGAUAUUCUCUUACGCUUUCUGCCUGGUAAGCCCCUGGCCUGAACAUGUAAAUUAACCCCUUAAAUGUGAUGAUCAAGAAGUGUAUUUUUGUUACUUCGUUAUUUUCAUUGAGAUGAAUUGAAGUAUAGUCAUUAUGAUUGAUAUUAUAAUAAAACCUGUCCGAUAUCUUUGA